CUGUACGUGCACACCAGCUGUGUUUGCUUCGCCGCUCUCUAAAACAAUUGUGAAUGAAAUUUCUGUCUUCCCCUCCUCUAGAUGUCUCUGGAUUACGCUCGCUUGGAUUAGGAGCGUGCAGUUUCCUGAACUGCACUUCCUCGCUGCCGAAUGCAUGGGACGCCAUAAGCGCCGCUUGGGUCCAUUGCACCGGCUGCCCUCCCGUCCCCGGCGGCUCCUACCUGGGACACACCUGGCCCACCUCCGCGCAGCCGUUCGCCGUGAGCUGCGCAUGCGCCGCCGGCUCGAGCUACAACGCCGCCAUGGCGGAGACGAGCAAGAGCGGGAGGUGAAGCAGGAAGAGGCACAGCCGAAUGUGGAUUAAGCUUCAGAAUUGAACAGCACUGCAUGCGCACGACAAGCUUCUCGGCCGGCUCCUGUCCUGUGACGCGAACCGUCAUCGGAAUAGUCUGGAUAUUUCUCGUGACGGGCGCUCGCACGGGUCUACCUGCCGUGGAUACCGUAACGUCAAAGCUAGCUGCCCUGCGAAGAGGCGAAAGUCACGGAGUUUCCACCACCUUUAAACUGAGGAAAAAUAUUUAAAAACAACCAGUACACCUUUGGGACUUAAUAUCUGUUUUCAUAUAGGUAUGGUUAGCCAGUAGGUUUGGACUGAGCACGACUAUUUUCAUUUAUUUUUUGCGGCUUAUCAAGUUACAGUAGGUGAAGGAGUCUUUUUUUUUUCCAGGAGACGUUGCGGGCUGCCCUGUGCCGGACUUCGUGCGUCGGAGCUGCGGACGCCCGCUGACCGUUGCGGUUCUGUGUGAACUUUUCAAGCUUCGUGUGGGGAUGAGCGUUUUCCGUGCGGGCUUUACAACACGGUCAACUUAACGGAGCGGGAGCGGCACCUGAGCUCUCGCACAGCGGCCGCACUCUAACGCCGCCAGCUGCCCCCUUAACAGGUGCCUCACCUGCCAGGGUUACCUGUCCCUCAGCCGCGAUGGCCAGCGAGGGGACGCCGCCUCCCAAGCCGCCAGGGGACGGCGGCAAGGACGGGCGUUCAGCCGCGCUGCCGCUCAACCCCAUGAUCCCCAUCAGGGGUAUUAGGAUGAAGUUCGCCGUUCUGGCCGGCCUGGUGGAUGUUGGGGACGUUACCAGCCGCGACAUCGUGGAGACCGUUUUCAACCUGCGCAGUGGUGCCUCUGAAGUACGCUCGCAGUUCCAUGCUGUCGCAGCGGCCGGUGACCCCCGCUGGAAAGAUGGUGACAUCCCCACCUCCUACCUGAUGGUCGACAUGUUGGGAGUGCUGGCCAGCUACAGCAUAACGGUCAAAGAACUGAAGCUGUUCUUCAGCAAGCUUCAGGGAGAGAAUGGACAGUGGCCGCCCCACGCUGUGAAGCUGCUGUCGGUGCUGAAGUCAAUGGCCCAGCACAGCGGCCCGGACUCGUUCUUCAGCUUCCCGGGGAAGACGGCAGCGGCGAUCGCUCUCCCACCCAUCGCAAAGUGGCCGUACCAGAACGGCUUCACCUUUCACACCUGGAUACGUAUGGACCCCAUAAACAACAUCAACGUCGAUAAGGACAAGCCUUACCUGUACUGCUUUCGGACCAGCAAGGGUCUGGGCUACUCCGCCCACUUUGUCGGGGGCUGUCUGAUCGUGACCUCGCUCAAGUCCAAAGGCAAAGGCUUCCAGCACUGUGUGAAGUAUGACUUCAAGCCCCAGAAGUGGUACAUGGUGACGAUCGUUCACAUCUACAAUCGCUGGAAGAACAGCGAGAUCAGCUGCUAUGUCAAUGGAGAGUUGGCAUCCUACGGCGAGAUCACCUGGUUUGUCAACACCAGUGAUACUUUUGAUAAGUGCUUCCUGGGUUCCUCGGAGACAGCGGACUCCAAUCGGGUCUUCUGUGGCCAGAUGGGCGCGGUCUACCUGUUCAGCGAAGGCCUCAACGCCGCACAGAUCCUGGCGAUUUAUCAGCUCGGGCCCGGCUACAAGGGCACCUUCAAAUACAAGGCAGAGAGCGACCUCCUCUUCGCCGAGCACCAUAAGAUGCUCCUGUACGAUGGCAAGCUGUCCGGCUGCAUGGCCUUCACCUACAACCCACGUGCCACCGACGGCCAGCUCUGCCUGGAGUCCUCCCCCAAGGACAACCCCUCCAUCUUCGUGCACUCUCCACAUGCCCUCAUGCUGCAGGAUGUGAAAGCCGUGGUGACACACUCUGUGCAGAGUGCCAUACACUCCAUCGGGGGAGUGCAGGUGCUCUUCCCGUUGUUUGCACAACUGGACUACCUGCAGCACACCAGUGAGGAGCUGGACACCUCCGUCUGCUGCACGCUCCUCUCCUUUGUCAUGGAGCUCCUGAAGAACUCCGUGGCUAUGCAGGAGCAGGUGUUGGCCUGCAAGGGCUUCCUGGUCAUCGGCUACGCCCUGGAGAAGUCUUCCAAGGUCCACGUGACCCGAGCCGUCCUGGACCUCUUCCUGACCUUCGCCCGUUACCUCAGCAACCUGCAGAACGGGGUUCUCCUGCUGAAGCAGCUCUGUGACCACAUCUUGUUCAACCCGGCCAUCUGGAUCCACGCGCCCGCUAAGGUACAGCUGACGCUCUACACCUACCUGUCCACGGAGUUCAUCAGCACCGUGACCAUCUACAACGCCGUCCGCAGGGUGGGCACGGUACUGCAGAUCAUGCACACGCUCAAGUAUUACUACUGGGUGAUGAACCCACAGGACCGCAGUGGCGUGGUGCCCAAGGGCCUAGAUGGACCCAGACCGAACCAGAAGGAGCUCCUUUCUCUGAGAGCCUUCCUGCUGCUGUUUGUGAAGCAACUGAUAAUGAAGGAUUAUGGGGUCAAGGAGGAUGAGCUGCAGAGCAUUCUCAACUAUCUCCUGACCAUUCACGAGGACGACAACCUGAUGGACGUUCUGCAGCUCCUGGUGGCCCUGAUGUCAGAGCAUCCUCCCUCCAUGGUGCAGGCUUUCGACCAGCGCAACGGCGUACGUGUGAUCUAUAAGUUGCUGGCAUCUAAAAGUGAGGGGAUUCGUGUGCAGGCCCUCAAAGUCAUGGGCUACUUUCUGAAGUAUCUGCCUCCCAAGAGGAAGGCAGAGGUCAUGCUGAGUCACGGCCUCUUCUCACUACUGGCUGAGCGCUUGCUCCUCCACGCCGGCCAGUUCUCCAUCACUACGUACAACGUCCUUUUCGAGAUCCUCACCGAGCAGAUCUGCACCCAAGUGAUGCACAAGCAGCACCCAGACCCUGACUCCACUGUGAAGAUCCUCAACCCUCAGAUCCUGAAGGUGAUAGCUGCCCUCCUGAGGAACUCGCCAGCCUCCCCCGAAAGCAUAGAGGUGCGCAGGAUCUUCCUGUCCGACAUGAUCAAGCUGUUCAACAAUAGCCGGGAGAACAGGAGGAGUCUGCUGCAGUGCUCCGUGUGGCAGGAGUGGAUGCUCUCCCUCUGCUACAUCCACCCCAAGACCAGUGACGAGCAGAAGAUCUCCGAGAUGGUCUACGCCGUCUUCCGCAUCCUGCUCUACCACGCCAUCAAGUACGAGUGGGGAGGGUGGCGUGUGUGGGUGGACACCCUCUCCAUCACCCACUCCAAGGUUUCCUUCGAGCUGCACAAAGAGAGCCUGUCUCGGAUGUUUAAGGAGUACCAAAGACUGGGGUCGGACCAGAGCGGCUCGGCUCCCAUCAGGACGGUGUCAGGGGUGAGCCGGGACGCGGAGGCCCUGGCCCGUGCCAAUGGGGACUAUAACAGCCUGCCCAGUAUCGAGGAGAAUGCCCCUUCCACAGUCAUCGAGCUCCGGGUGGAGGACAAGGAGGAAGGGGAGGCGUCUCUGGGGCCGGUUGCAGUGUCUGAUAUCCUGGCUGGGGCUGCUGGAGGAGCAGCUCUUACUCUGGAUGGUGAGGAGACCCAGGCCCCAUUGGAGGAGAAAGGCCAAACAGGGGAGGCUUCUGAAAUUAUGCAGGAAGAUGGGGUCAAGGCUGAAGCUGGGGUCAAGGCUGAAGCUGGGGUCAAGGCUGAAGCUGUGGAGCCCAGCUCCCCAACCAAAACGUCAGAUGGUGUGGAGGAUGUUCCAGGUGAGGCAGAAGCUGAGGUGGCCUCGGGAACGGAUGCAGUGGACGGUGUCGAGGAAGUCAAAGAUGGGGCGGAGGAGGUGGCCCUGGACCAGGAAGGAAGGGAGACGUAUGGAGACGACGCCACUUUGGAAGCUGCUCUGAAGGAGGCCAUGGUGGAGAAACCCCCUCCCAACGAAAGCGAACCAGCGGCGUCUAGCCUAAGAGACGUCGAAUUAAGUGAUGGUGCUGGGGCAGAUUCCUCCUCUGAAUCUCCCGCAGCAACCACGGCGGAGACGGAGCGGGGAAAGGAAGCGGGAAAGGCGGCCACCCCAGAGCAGCCAGUCGAGGGGGACAUGGAGGCCAGCAAGGUGGCAGCAGAGAGGCCUAACUCUGAGGAGCCCGGUGACCGAGGGGCUUCUGGGGACAAGGGGCCUGAACAGUCUCCUGGCAGAGCAGAAACCCCCAGCGGCAAAGGGGCGGAGCCUCGCGGCAGUACCGGCACUAAAUUGAAGGAGAUUAAGAUUGCUAGACUGGAUGUGUCCAGCGUGGCAUCCGACACAGAGAGGCUGGAGCUAAAGGAGCAGCCGGCCACGGAGUCAAGCCAAGGAGUGACUUCGGCUCAUGCCUCAGCGGGACAAGGCAGAGGAGAUCCGGCCAGCUCCUCCGGACGCUCCGCCAUGUUCCGCAUCCCGGAGUUCAAGUGGUCGCACAUGCACCAGCGGCUGCUGACGGACCUGCUCUUCUCCAUCGAGACCGACGUGCAGAUGUGGCGCAGUCACUCCACCAAGACGGUGAUGGACUUCGUCAACAGCAGCGAGAACGUGGUGUUCGUACACAACACGGUGCACCUGGUGUCGCAGGUGGUGGACAACCUCAUCAUGGCCUGCGGGGGCAUCCUGCCCCUGCUGUCCGCAGCCACCUCCUCCUCCCACGAGCUGGAAAACAUCGAGCCGUCGCAGGGCCUGUCCGUGGAGGCCGCCCUCACCUUCCUGCAGAGGCUCAUCGGCCUGGUGGACGUGCUUAUUUUCGCCAGCUCGCUGAACUUCACCGAGAUCGAGGCGGAGAAGAACAUGUCCUCGGGAGGCGUUCUCAGGCAGUGCCUCCGCCUGGUAUGUGCCAUUGCUGUCCGAAACUGCCUGGAGUGCCAGCAGCAGUUCCCGGCGGGCGCCGAGGCAGCCCGCGUGCAGAAGGUCAUCCAGGCUCUGGCUGGGGCACAGAGCCCCGUGGAUGUGGUGACGGGGGGUGUGUCCCCCGUAAGAGACACGGACCGCCUGCUGCAGGACAUGGACAUCAACCGUCUGCGCGCUGUGGUCUUCAGGGACAUCGAGGACAGCAAGCAGGCCCAGUUCCUGGCACUGGCUGUGGUGUACUUCAUCUCCGUCCUCAUGGUGUCCAAGUACCGAGACAUCUUGGAGCCUCACAAUGAAAGGAAAUGCGUCCAGCAGAAAAGCGGAGAGGGUGCAGGCGCUGAGGGUGUCCCAGCCAGCCUGGACCUGGACAACGGCGUAUUGCUGCGGCGCCGAGAUUCCGGCAUCGGGGACGAGCAUGCGUCCUUCGCCACCGGUGACACGGAGCCGUCCGCGGGAGUGGGAGGAGCCUCGGGCCCGGAUGCCGUCAGCGAGGCUCUGUCCGCCCUGUCCUCAGAGGUGAAGAGGAGCCAGGAAGGUCCGGCCUCCCAGGUGCGGAACGUGAAAGUGAAGGACAUCCUGCGCAGCUUGGUGACCGCGCCGACCGACGACAUGACGGCGGAUCCCGGCCUCCUGUCUCCCGCCUUCCUGAGUGUUGUGUUGGGCCCUAAGAAGGCAGGGGCCAUUCCCCCCGGGCCCCCCCCAGCCGCCCCACCUGCUGCAGGAGCCGCCGGUCCUGCUUCCGCUGGGGCACCCGACAGUGUCCCUGUCGCGGCCCCCGAUCCCAGCGUCCAGGGUGGCGCCGCCGAACCCGUUGCCGGCGGGGCAUCUGUGAGUGUGAACCUGCCAUCUGUCCCCAGCCUGUCCCCGAUGAGCCGCAACUCCGCGCCCAACAUGAGCAUCUCAGAGCGGCUGGAACACGCCCUGGAGAAGGCAGCCCCCCUGCUGAGGGAAAUCUUUGUGGACUUUGCCCCCUUCCUGUCACGCACACUCCUGGGGAGUCACGGGCAGGAGCUGCUCAUCGAGGGCACCAGUUUGGUGUGCAUGAAGUCCAGCAGCUCGGUGGUGGAACUGGUCAUGUUGCUGUGCUCGCAGGAAUGGCAGAACUCUAUUCAGAAGAACGCGGGUCUGGCCUUCAUCGAGCUCGUCAAUGAGGGCAGGCUGCUGAGCCACACCAUGAAGGACCACCUGGUGCGCGUGGCCAACGAGGCGGAGUUCAUCCUGAGCCGGCAGCGUGCCGAGGACAUCCACAAGCACGCCGACUUUGAGUCCCAGUGUGCCCAGUACACGGCAGAGAAGCGAGACGAGGAGAAGAUGUGCGACCACCUGAUCCGGGCGGCCAAGUACCGGGACCACAUGACGGCCACCCAGCUAAUCCAGAAGAUCGUUAACAUCCUGACGGACAAACACGGCGCCUGGGGCAGCUCAGCAUCCAGUCGUCCCCGUGACUUCUGGCGCCUGGACUACUGGGAAGACGACCUUCGGCGACGGCGGCGUCUCGUCAGGAACCCGUUCGGGUCGUCGCACUCGGAGGCAGCGCUCCGGGAUGCCGAGGAACACGUUCCCGAGGAAGAUGUCCUCAAACCCAAACAGUCCAUCAAGAAUCAUGCUCUGGGAAAUCAAAACUCGGAAAGUGAGAUAUUGUUGGAUGGGGACGAUGAUACCCUCUCGUCCUUGGAGGAGAAGGAACUGGAAGCCGUAACAGGCCCAGUAAACUUGAGCACCAGUGCGCAGCUGGUUGCCCCUGCCGUGGUGGUGAAAGGGACCUUGUCCAUCACAGCAUCGGAACUCUACUUCGAGGUGGAUGAGGAGGAUCCUAGCUUUAAGAAAAUCGAUCCAAAGAUCCUGGCCUACACAGAGGGCCUUCAUGGCAAGUGGCUCUUCACGGAGAUCCGUGCCAUCUUCUCCCGGCGCUACCUGCUGCAGAACACGGCGCUGGAGCUCUUCAUGGCCAACCGGACCGCCGUCAUGUUCAACCUCCCCGACCCGGGCGCCGUGAAGAAGGUGGUGCACUGCCUGCCCCGCGUGGGGGUGGGCACCAACUUCGGCCUCCCCCAGACCAGGCCAUGGUGGUUGAGGGCGUCUGCCCUGUUGGGUUUGCUGACGUACCUGUCUGUGCCAUCCUGUGUCUCUCGCCCCCCUCCCCAGCCCAUCGGCGCCCUGAACCCCAAGAGGGCGGCUUUCUUCUCUGAGCGCUUCGAGACCUGGGAAGAUGAGCAGGUGCCCAAGUUUCACUACGGCACCCACUACUCCACCUCCAGCUUCUCCCUGACGUGGCUGCUCAGAAUCGAGCCGUUCACCACCUUCUUCCUGAACCUCCAAGGGGGGAAGUUCGACCACGCCGACCGCACCUUCUCCUCAGUGUCCCGGGCGUGGAGGAACUGCCAGAGAGACACCUCCGACGUGAAGGAGCUGAUCCCUGAGUUUUAUUACCUACCAGAGAUGUUUGUCAACUCUAAUAAUUACAACCUGGGCGUGAUGGACGACGGCACAGUGGUUUCUGACGUCGAGCUGCCCCCGUGGGCCAAAACCCCAGAAGAGUUUGUGCGCAUAAACAAGCUGGCGCUGGAGAGCGAGUUCGUCUCCUGCCAAUUGCACCAGUGGGUCGACCUCAUCUUCGGCUACAAGCAGCAGGGCCCCGAGGCCGCCCGGGCCCUCAACGUCUUCUACUACCUGACCUAUGAGGGCGCCGUCAACCUGAGCACCAUAAACGACCCCAUGCUGAGAGAGGCUGUGGAGGCGCAGAUCCGGAGUUUCGGCCAGACCCCCUGUCAGCUGCUGAUCGAGCCGCACCCCCCCAGGAGCUCAGCGAUGCAGGUGACGCCGCUGAUGUUCACAGAGCAGAUGCAGCAGGACGUCAUCAUGGUGCUGAAGUUCCCCUCAAAUUCGCCGGUGGCCCACGUGGUGGCCAACACUCAGCUGGGCCUGGCCACGCCCGCCGUCAUCACCGUCACCGCCAACCGCCUCUUCGCUGUCAAUAAGUGGCACGGCCUGACCGGUCCCCAGAGCUCCUCGGCCCAGGACCAGCAGUACCAGCUGCCCGUGGAGAUAGACCCCCUGAUAGCCAGCAACGUGGGCACCCACAGGAGGCAGAUCAGCGACCUGCUGGACCAGAGCAUCCAGGUGCAGACACAGAGCUUCGUCAUCACCGCCGACAACCGGUUUGUGCUCGUCUGCGGCUUCUGGGACAAGAGCUUCCGCGUCUACUCCACCGACUCGGGCAAGCUGACCCAGAUCGUGUUUGGGCACCGGGACGUGGUGACGUGUCUGGCCCGCUCCGAGUCCUACAUCGGGGGCGACUGCUACAUCCUGUCCGGCUCGCGCGACGCCACACUGCUGCUCUGGUACUGGAACGGCAAGAACUGCAACAUCGGAGAAAACCCAGGCACCGAGUUUGUGACUCCCCGCGCCAUCCUGACCGGCCACGACUGUGAGAUCACCUGCGCCAGCGUCUGCGCAGAGCUCGGCCUCGUCAUCAGCGGCUGCAAAGAGGGCCCGUGCCUGAUCCAUUCCAUGAACGGAGACCUCCUGCGUACCCUGGAGGGUCCAGCGGGGUGCGAGCGGCCUCGGCUCAUCCAGGCGUCGUCGGAGGGUCACUGCGUGGUCUACUACGAGCGCGGCCAUUUCUGCCUUUUCAGCAUCAACGGCAAGGAGCUGGGCCUCAUGGAGGUGGAGGAGAACGUGAGGGCCAUACUGCUGAGCCGGGACGGACAGUACCUGCUUUCGGGGGGUGAUGGAGGCAUCCUCACCGUCUGGCGGGUCCACGACCUCAAGCCGCUGUUCACGUAUCCCGGCUGUGACGCAGGCAUACGCUCUAUGGCCAUGUCACAUGACCAAAGGUGCAUAAUCACAGGCAUGGCCUCCGGAAGCAUUGUACUGUUUUACAAUGAUUUCAAUAGAUGGCACCACGAAUACCAGACCAGAUACUGACUUCUGAACGGCAUGGUGUUGCCGUGGCAGCGGACACGUACAUCCUGCCAUAUGAUGUUAAACGCACUACUCUAUACACACUGAGUUGCUGAAUGUAUCUAAAAUUCUGUCGGAAGAAGCAGACUAUUUUUAAACGGGCAUUGCUAUAUUUUGUAGAUUCUGUUAAAUUUCAUAUAUUGAAAACUUGGGGCUGGGUUAUAUAGCUAUAAAAACAAAUCUAUUUUUAGCUGUAAAAAUCUAUUUUCAUCUCUGUGUGAGUUAAGGGUUUGAGUGGUCGAUAGUUAGAGAAUUAUAUUUGCGUCGGCUGUCUUUAAAAAUUUAAAAUCCAUAUAUUUGUGUAUCUGGGGAAAGUGAUUUUGCUGUGUCAUACAGGGUAGAUGGAAAUUUUAGUUUGUUCGUUUUACAUUCACUUUAUACUUCUGUCUGCGACUGGAGGCUUCUCUGUGACAGCGAUACGCUGGUGUGUGAAACAGACUGGCCAUCUCCCGGGUGAUGUCACUCCUGAGUUAUAUGGGAUUUCUGUCCCGCAUCCAUUACUGCUUGGGGUUUUGGUUUCCAUUCCCUUAUUUUAACUUCAUAAAUAUUCAGUAUACCUCCAGGUAUCUGAUAAAAUCCGAUAAAAUUCGGUAUGAAGUCUUAAGCUUUAAGGAGGAUAAAAACAUAAUCGAUAUGAAAGUGCUAUUUAACGACAAUUUACAUGUUAGGAAUGAUGGAAACUCGAUGAAGGACGUGACCAGUAAGCAGCUACUCGGCGUGGUAAAUUAUCAGCAAGAGCAUAGUGUAAGCAUAGUCAGGGCUUCUCCUGUUUCUGAGCUGCUGAAAUGUCUGGAAACCCCCCCCCCCCCUCAAUUUUUUUGCCGUCCACAAAACAGGCUUUCAGCAAACUUCAGCAUCAAAGCACAUUCUGAUGGCCCCACAUUCAAACUCUUGUUCCAAGUAGUAACAUUCAUGCAAGCUUUGAUUGACAGAUAAACAUUCCCUAUCAGCUUUACUGCAUACAUACAGGGGCGGGGAAAGGAAGUGCUGUAAUUUUAUGUGUAAUCUGUCAUGGAAACCCAUUCAGAAUGAUUCUUUUCACGUGUGAUGAGUUGAAACAAUAAAAUGAAAUUUGUAACUCGA